GCAGGUUUCCUGCGUGGGUGUUGAACAUCUUCAAAAAGGUUGAACAAAUUGUGAGUGAUGACACUGCUCCCAAGAGCACGGGCUGUUGUGAAGGCACCACAGCAUUGCAGCCAGGCUUUGUUCUGUCCUGUCCGAGCACAACCUGCCAGGACACUUGGAGCUGAGCACGGGCAGAGCCGCGGGGCUGGGCCACGUGCGGAGCUGCUGUCGUGGGGCUGUUACUGAAACGACAAACAUCCAACGGCCCCGGCUCCAGAGAACCGCCUGCGAGUGCCAGGGACCGGUGGUGACGCUGUUACAAACAAAAAAAUGGGACGAGAAGGGACAACAGAGCGAUGGCCACUCUGCCUCCCAAGCCCAUCACGCCGGUGACCCCUGGCGCGGAGCGGGGCCCGCCCCAAAACAAACAGCGCGGGCGGUAUAAGUGCGCGGCGGGCGCGCUGCCGCCACUGCCGCAGCACAGGAUGCCGCGCUGUGACACGGGCCCCGCGCCGCGGGACGGCGCCUGGGCGCAGGUGAGCUCGGCGGCGGCGAGCGGCGCGUACCCGAAGCGGGUGAAGGUGGUGGAGGUGGGACCCCGCGACGGGCUCCAGAACGAGAAGAAUGUGGUCCCCACCCCAGUGAAGAUCAAUUUGAUCAACAUGCUGUCAGAGACAGGGCUGCAGGUCAUAGAGGCCACCAGCUUCGUGUCCCCCAAGUGGGUUCCUCAGAUGGCUGAUCACACUGAAGUCAUGCAGGGGAUUAAUAAAUUACCUGGGAUCAGUUACCCUGUGCUGACUCCAAACCUGAAGGGAUUCCAGGCAGCGGUGGCAGCAGGGGCCAAGGAGGUGUCGAUCUUUGGGGCAGCAUCCGAGCUGUUCACCAAGAAAAACAUCAACUGCUCCAUCGAGGAGAGCCUGGAGAGGUUUGAUGAGGUCAUGAAGGCAGCAAGGGAAGCCAACAUUCCUGUCAGGGGGUAUGUUUCCUGUGUCCUUGGAUGUCCCUAUGAAGGGAAGAUUUCUGCAGCUAAAGUUGCAGAGGUCUCCAAGAAGAUGUACUCCAUGGGGUGCUACGAGAUCUCCCUGGGGGACACCAUUGGCGUGGGCACCCCUGGCAGCAUGAGGGACAUGCUGGCAGUGGUGAUGAAGGAGGUGCCCGUGGGGGCUCUGGCUGUUCACUGCCAUGACACCUAUGGACAGGCUCUGGCCAACAUCCUGGUGGCCCUGCAGAUGGGGGUGAGCGUGGUGGAUGCUUCUGUGGCUGGCCUUGGGGGGUGUCCCUAUGCCCAGGGAGCCUCUGGCAACGUGGCCACAGAGGACUUGGUGUACAUGCUGAAUGGGCUGGGCAUCCACACGGGAGUGGAUCUGCAGAAGCUGAUGGACACAGGCACCUUCAUCUGCAAUGCCCUGAACAGAAAAACCAAUUCCAAGGUGUCUCAGGCCUCCUGCAGACUGUGACACUGAGAGGAAUUCCUGCUUGGGUUCAGAACAAACUGAGGAUCCAGCACUGGCUGGGAUUCCUCUCUGAUCUCCUGAGCUCCUUCCCAGCUCAGCACUUGAGAGGAAGCUCAAAAUCCACCAGAAUUAUGAAGAAAUGAAAGAAUACUCUAUGCUGUUGUAUUAUAUUGGACCUUGAGGCUGUCACCCCGUGCCUUGGAGAAGGGAGGACGUGGAGGGGCUGAGGAGAGCUCUGCCCUGAGCACACCCAGCAGCUCCUGCCUGCAGAGCCAAGACCCCACAGAUGUUGCAGUUACAGCUCUGUCCAGGUCAGGCUGUGCCCUCCAAGGCUGAGCCCAGAGCCUCCCCUGGUGCUCAGCCUGCAGGGACUGUGCUACUGCUCUGUGUAUCUGUUGUAAGAUACCUCGAAUUACCAGGAGUAAUAAAUACAUUAUUUAAUAGUCUAAACUAUUAAAAAUUUGAUUCAGCUGAACCAGCUAAGGAGCUUUUGCUGCUGGUUUGGUUCCAAGUGCCUCUUCUAGGUGGAAACUCUGCAUCAUCAUGGGCUGGGGGGGUGAGGAAUUCCUUCCACCCCCAGAGAGCAGAGAGUGUGAGACACCCCAGCUCUUCUAUUUAAAAUAAUUUAUUGAACAGUUUAUUUGUGCGACUGGAAAUGAGCCCAUGAACUCUGUCCUUUCAGGGGGCAGGGCAGGUUUGAGGCUCUGUGUACUUCCUCUCCAUAUGACUUCAAUAAACUGUAAUAAUUA